ACCAACUAUUCUAAACAUGGCAUAUCCGCACAUCUAAUCAAGGCGGCAUAUAGGCAAAGCUCGCGGAAUGACGAAGCAAUUCGGUCUGAGAUUACUGAUACCUAGCGUUUACCAUUCAUCACCAUUACCUGCGACGGCCGCCGUUUCCCUUUGCCUUUCUUCUUUUUAUGCUCAUCGGACAUCACGGAAAGCAGUUCUCUUGAAGAGAAGGGGCUACUGCUGCUCUGGGUACAAGACCAGUCGCAGGUUGUCGUUCGGAGUGGGCUUGUUCAUGGCUGCCGAUCUUGGAGGGAAAUCGUUCUUGGCUUCUUCUUCUUCUGCACAAAAGAAAGGUUCAAUUGAGCAGGUGCUGAAGAAUGUGAAUUGGCCCAAACAAUUUCCUUUCAAGAGAGCGGAUUUCGAGCGGUUUGAUGAAUCGAAGGAUUCGUUGUUCUAUGAAAUCCCUCGGUUCGUGACACAUAUUGAUGAUCCAGCCAUUGCUGCACUUACUAGAUAUUACAAGGAGAAUUUGCCUCCCACGAAUACCCCGGGUGUAGCAAUCCUUGAUAUGUGUAGCAGUUGGGUCAGUCACUACCCGGCAGGGUAUAAGCAGAAUAAAAUUGUUGGGUUGGGCAUGAAUGAAGAAGAGCUAAAGUUAAAUCCAGUGCUAACUGAAUAUGUUGUACAAGAUUUAAACAUCAAUCCCAUACUCCCAUUUGAAGAUGAUACUUUUGAUGUCAUUACGAACACGGUUAGUGUUGACUAUCUAACAAAGCCUCUUGAUGUUUUCAAAGAGAUGUACCGUAUUCUUAAACCCAGGGGAGUUGCGAUUAUAAGUUUCUCAAACCGAUGCUUUUGGACAAAGGCAAUAUCAUUAUGGACAUCAACAGGAGAUGAUGAUCAUGUUAUGAUAGUAGGCUCAUACUUCCAUUAUGCUGGUGGGUUUGAACCACCCGAGGCUGAUGAUAUAUCUCCAAACCCUGGGCGUUCCGACCCCAUGUAUGUUGUUUAUUCAAGAAAGCAAACUACCCAAAGCAGUUAAAGGUGUUUAUUCUGAUCUGUGACCGCCUCUCUUCAAUCGAUUCAAUGUGUAAGUUGUACAAUUGUGAAUUUGUUUGUGGGCAAGUGCACCUGUAUGGAUUUCUUGAAGAAGAUUUCUAUAUAAAAAAGCCAACUAUGUGCGGGUGGAUUUUCGAAGGGCACAAGUUGACAUUGGACCAUGCAAUCAAGUGCUGUAAUUCACAAAGAGGGCGACAGGGGAAAUGCCAAACCGGAUUCAAAAUAGUCAUAUAUCAAUAAACUAAACCAAAUUGUUAUGUGAUUGUUGGGUACACGAGGCUCAUUUUAUGACACCAUCAAAGAGUUGAGCUUUUUGUAAAGAAAAAAAAAAAUCAUUGUAAACCCAUAAAAAGUGCGAGAAGGGUUACAUAUUUCAUGUGGACUUUAGAAAAUAUAGAAGCAUACUCUCUAUUAUCUACUCCUGUCACAACUUAUGUUGCAUGUUUAUUAUCCACAAGGUCAAAUCUCCUUUGUUUUUUUCCUUAUUUUCAUUAUUCAUUUGAUAAAAUAAUAUAGUCAUUUUUUG